ACUUCUGCGAAUGGAUAAUGUAACGGUUUAGCUCUCUUCUCUCUCUUCCCUCACUCUCUCUUCACUUCCAUUAAAUCUUACGGCGAUGAGCUUGGCUUCCGUUUCCUGCUCGCCGCCACCGUGCUUCCGCUGCGGAGCUUACAUCUUCUCCUUUUCUUCUUCUUCUUCUUCCUCACCUCUCUGUUUGUAUUUCCCGCGUGGUGACUCUAUUUCCCUAAGGCCUCGAGUUCGCGCCUUGCGAACGGAAUCUGACGGCGCUAGGAUCGGUAACACUGAGUCGUACGGUUCGGAAUUGCUUCGUCGGCCGCAUAUUUCGUCGGGGGAAAGCUCUGAAGAGGAGGAAGAGAGCGGCGAGGGUGAUGAGUUCGUCGAUUGGGAAGAUAAGAUUCUUGAGGUUACCGUUCCUCUUGUUGGCUUCGUUAGAAUGAUUCUUCACUCUGGGAAAUAUGCAAACCAAGAUAGGUUAAGCCCUGAGCAUGAGAGAAUGAUUGUUGAGAUGCUGCUACCUUAUCACCCUGAGUUUGAGAAGAAGAUCGGAUGUGGGAUUGACUAUAUCAUGGUUGGGCAUCACCCAGAUUUUGAGAGCUCUCGAUGUAUGUUUAUAGUUCGAAGAGAUGGAGAAGUAGUCGACUUUUCGUAUUGGAAAUGCAUAAAAGGUUUGAUAAAAAAGAAGUAUCCACUGUAUGCAGACAGUUUCAUCCUCAGACAUUUUCGCAAACGUAGGCAGAACAGAUGAAUGAAGAAGCCUUAUUGUAGAUUUUCAAACUCAAAAACGCUCGUUGGACUCGGAUCCUCUCGUCUCACAGACUACGCAUCCUACAAGGUUUUGAAGUGAGAACUCAAGACAGAGAAGAAGAUCCAGUCACUAUUUUUCUUUGAGUUGGAAUUACAAAAUGGAACUUUCUAGAAAAAUAUGGUUUUCGCAGGAGAUAUGAGUAAAUUAGAAGAACCAUCAGAAAUUUUUAAAUAUGUUCAUUAUCUAAAAUCUUUGGCAUUUAUAUGAUAAAAGUUUUUCAAUUUA